AUGACUGCGCGUGCCCUUAAGAGGGAACGGCUCCCUCGGCUGUACAAAGAUGUCCUUUCCAAGAAGCCAAAGGAGUAUUGGGACUACGAGAAGAUGAUAGUCAAAUGGGGAAAUUUGGAGCACUACGAGGUUACGCAGAAGAUCGGACGGGGAAAGUACAGUGAAGUUUUCACGGGCUACCAUGUGCCCACGAACAAGAAAUGUGUGAUCAAGAUUCUGAAGCCCGUGAAGAAGAAGAAGAUCAAGCGUGAAAUCAAGAUUCUUCAAAACGUCAGCAAGGGACCCAACAUUGUGGCAUUGCUGGACGUCGUCCGCGACCCGCUGACAAAAACACCCUGCCUCAUUUUCGAGCACAUUAACAACACGGACUGGAAGAGCCUUUAUCCCAAACUGACGCCGCACGACAUCAAGUUCUACUUGUACCAGGUCCUCAAGGCGUUGGACUACAGUCAUUCACAGGGCUUGAUGCAUCGAGACGUCAAGCCGCACAAUGUCAUGAUUGAUCAUGACAAGCGCGAGGUCCGUCUGAUAGACUGGGGCUUGGCGGAGUUCUACCACCCGCUGACAGAGUACAACGUGAGGGUGGCCUCGCGGCACUACAAGGGACCGGAGCUGCUUGUGGACGAUACGUUCUACGACUACUCUUUGGACAUCUGGAGCUUCGGCUGCAUGCUCGCAGGAAUGAUCUUUCGAAAAGAGCCUUUCUUUGCUGGGGCCGACAAUGUCGACCAGCUAUACAAGAUUGCGAAGGUGUUAGGAACGGACCUCCUCAACGACUAUCUCGAUGCAUACGACUUGGAGCUCGAGUUGGAAGUGGAGCAACGCUUGGGGACGCUGCCACGAAAGCAGUGGUCCGCCUUCAAAAACAAGGACAAUGCAGAGCGUUGCUCUCCAGAGGCACUGGAACUCAUUGACAAGAUGCUGCGCUAUGACCCGGCCGCCAGAGUCCUCCCAAAAGAGGCGAUGCAAGACCCGUACUUCGAGGAAGUCCGCAAGCAGGAUUCGGGCAAGUGA